GCCCCCCUCUCCCCGCCCCCUCCCCCGACCCUUUUCCCCUCCCCGGGCCACCCAGCGGCCCUGCUCCCCGCGGAGCGGAGCGCCAGGUUUCCUCUUGUUUUGUAGUCAACAAGAACAAUGUUCUACGCACAUUUUGUCCUCAGUAAAAGAGGGCCCCUGGCCAAAAUUUGGCUGGCGGCCCAUUGGGAUAAGAAGCUAACCAAAGCCCAUGUGUUUGAAUGUAACUUAGAGAGCAGCGUGGAGAGUAUCAUCUCACCAAAGGUGAAGAUGGCUCUGCGAACCUCAGGACAUCUCUUACUGGGGGUAGUGCGAAUCUAUCACCGGAAAGCCAAGUACCUUCUCGCAGACUGUAAUGAAGCAUUCAUUAAGAUAAAGAUGGCCUUUCGGCCAGGUGUUGUUGACCUGCCUGAGGAAAAUCGAGAAGCAGCCUAUAAUGCCAUCACAUUACCUGAAGAAUUUCAUGACUUUGAUCAGCCACUGCCAGACUUAGAUGACAUCGAUGUAGCCCAGCAGUUCAGCCUGAACCAGAGUAGAGUGGAAGAGAUAACCAUGAGAGAAGAGGUUGGGAACAUCAGCAUCCUGCAGGAAAAUGACUUUGGUGACUUUGGAAUGGAUGAUCGUGAGAUCAUGAGAGAAGGCAGUGCUUUUGAGGAUGAUGACAUGUUAGUCAGCACUAGUGCAUCUAACCUCCUCCUGGAACCUGAACAGAGCACCAGCAAUCUGAAUGAGAAAAUCAACCAUUUAGAGUACGAAGACCAAUAUAAGGAUGAUAACUUCGGAGAGGGAAAUGAUGGUGGAAUAUUAGACGACAAGCUCAUUAGUAACAAUGAUGGCGGCAUCUUUGACGACCCCCCUGCGCUGUCCGAGGCCGGCGUGAUGCUGCCGGAACAGCCUGCACACGAGGACAUGGAUGAGGAUGACAAUGUGUCAAUGGGUGGACCUGAUAGUCCUGAUUCAGUGGAUCCCGUUGAGCCAAUGCCAACUAUGACUGAUCAAACAACACUUGUUCCGAAUGAGGAAGAAGCAUUUGCUUUGGAACCUAUUGAUAUAACUGUCAAAGAAACAAAAGCCAAGAGGAAGAGGAAACUGAUAGUUGACAGUGUCAAAGAGUUGGACAGCAAGACUAUUAGAGCCCAGCUUAGUGACUACUCUGAUAUUGUCACCACGUUGGACCUGGCACCUCCCACCAAGAAGUUGAUGAUGUGGAAAGAGACAGGAGGAGUAGAGAAACUGUUCUCUUUACCUGCUCAGCCUCUGUGGAAUAACAGACUACUGAAGCUCUUUACACGCUGUCUCACACCACUUGUACCAGAAGACCUCAGGAAGAGGAGGAAGGGAGGCGAGGCAGACAACCUGGAUGAGUUCCUCAAGGAAUUUGAAAACCCAGAGGUCCCCAGAGAGGACCAGCCGCAGCCACAGCCGCAGCAGCAGCGUGACGUUAUCGACGAGCCCAUUUUGGAGGAGCCAAGCCGCCUCCAGGAGUCUGUGAUGGAGACCAGCAGGUCCAACAUAGAUGAGUCAGCCAUGCCGCCGCCGCCGCCGCAGGGAGUGAAGCGCAAGGCUGAACAGGUCGACCCGGAGCCUGUGAUCCCUCCUCAACAGGUAGAGCAGAUGGAGAUACCACCUGUGGAGCUUCCCCCAGAAGAGCCCCCAAAUAUCUGUCAGCUCAUACCAGAGUUAGAACUUCUGCCCGAAAAGGAGAAGGAGAAAGAAAAGGAGAAAGAGGACGAUGAAGAGGAAGAGGAAGAAGAUGCUUCGGGGGGUGAUCAGGAUCAAGAAGAAAGGAGAUGGAACAAACGGACUCAGCAGAUGCUUCAUGGUCUUCAGCGAGCUCUUGCCAAAACUGGAGCUGAAUCUAUCAGUUUGCUUGAGUUAUGUCGAAACACAAACAGAAAGCAGGCUGCGGCGAAGUUCUACAGCUUCUUGGUUCUUAAAAAGCAGCAGGCUAUCGAGCUGACGCAGGAAGAACCCUACAGUGACAUCAUCGCCACCCCUGGCCCGAGGUUCCACAUCAUUUGAGGAGCUGGAGGCGAGAGCUAGUGUUCCUCACUAGCGCGUACAGCUUGCCCCGUGCGUCGGGCACCAGAGAAACCCUUUGAGAAAAUUUAGAUUUUUGUCUGUACAAAACCGCUGCCUUUUCUUUCAUUUUUUCAAGUGUUUUUAAUUCGUGGAUUUCACCUUUAAGGGAAAUUGCUUGUAUGGGUUGUGUUUGUGUUGCGAUGGAGAAAACAGCACCCCGAGGACCCGGAAGCUUAUUUUUACCAGUUCAGAACAGAUGUGUGCAAUAUUGGUGCAUGUAACGACGUUGGAUAACUGUCGAAAGUCGGGAUUUUUAGUUCUCUGUUACUGCGUCAAAAGGUAACCUGUCUGGGAACAUGCCUGGCAGUGUUACUGGGAACUGGUGUGUCUUUGGCAGGAAAAGUGUCUUCCCGUCAGUGCACUAGCAGCCUGGCUCAUCUCUGUACACAGGGACAGCGCCUGACGCCAGAGUCACCCUGCGGGGUUUAAAGUGUGACCCCCCCCCCCCUUGUGACUGAGCCCCUUGGCCACACAGACAGGACUGGCCUGGCCUGGCCUGAAGCCCUCUGUCUUAGAAGUGAACGCAUUCCAUUGCGUCUGUAUGAUGAACUUUGCUGUCCUGACCUUUGUUGUUUUAGUGCAGCUCCAAAAUGACCAGAAAUAGACUUGUUAAAGGGGAAUAACUUAAAAACAUACCUAACUUUCCAGGAGCAAUAAAUGAGCGUUUUCAGAUCAUGAAGAUAGAAAUCCUUCUGCCGACCAAGAGGGCAGACUGGUGGGACAUGACACAUCAAGCUGGCUUAACCUUAAGCAGAUAGUGCUGUAAAAACUAAUGGCUUCUCUGAUAUUUAUUAUAAAUGUUAGUACUGAUCUCUUUUCCAAUGCUGCACACUCCUGUGUUUGGAACUUUAUUUUAAUAACUUUGCAACUGAAAUCCUAUAUCUGGUUUCCUGUAAUUUAAAUGAAGAUAAACACAUCCAAAUAAAGGCUUUAUUAUUAACAGACCAGAUAGCACCAGAAAUUAUGUGACUGUCAGUGAUUAUCAUAACGUCUUAACUUUUUAGGGCAAAAUUACACUGAAAGUUCUGGCUAAAGUGUUGGCACUUUUGUGGGGAAAAAAAUCACUUUUGAAACUCAGACUUCAGUGUAUACCCAGUAAUUUAAAAUUAUGUGAAAUGUUUUAAAUUUGAGAACUCAUAAUUACUGUUUUAACGAUUCAGAUUUUGAGACUGGUCUAAUUGUAUAAAAUUGCUAUUACAGUUUUAUUUUCAAUAUGAUGUGCCUGUAAACCAUGGUCCUCCCCCCUUUGUAAAAAGACAUUGUAGAUAAUUGAAUGUUUGAUUACAGAAAGGUCAUUAGUUUCUCGUUACACAUUUUGUUAGUCUGGUUUUGUUGCUUAUCAGGUUUAAUAUUGUUCUUGAAAAUAGUUGAUGCUAUGUUAUGUAUAACUUUUCUAAUAAAAGUUGUGUUAUAAUCUGUUAA